GUCAUUCAGUUCACCUCGAUUGAUUCAAUACCCCCCCAGCAGUCCUCAUACAUACGCCCGCCAUUCUCCUCCUCUCUUUCGCCCGACUGAUCUCAUAUUCUCGACGUCACAACGAGAACCCGUCCCUAUUUUGUACACUAUACAGGAUCGCCCGCUGCUGUUACAUUAUUGUCCCCGCCGAGUAAUGCAUGAGCUAUAAUACCGCCGCCUCGAACAUGUCCUCCCACGUCCCCUCGCCCACCUCGUCUCCCGCCUCGGCGUCGGGAGCACACGACUCUCUGCCCAACAGCCAAGAGCACCCCUUCCGAAGCUCCCAGGCCAGCAACCCCGACUCAUCGUCUCUCUCCCUCGAAUCCUCCUUCCAAUUGGACACCGGAUACCCUUCGCAAUAUGACGACAGCCAGAAGCACCCCAAGGGAAAGAGGAAGAGGACCACCACACAAGAUAAAGCUAUUCUCGAAGCCGCGUACAAUGCAAACCCCAAGCCCGAUAAGGCGGCGCGUCUGGACUUGGUAAAACGCGUCACACUCAACGAGAAGGAAGUCCAGAUCUGGUUUCAAAAUCGUCGUCAGAACGACCGCCGAAAGUCGCGACCUCUCUCGCCACAGGAGAUCGCACAGCUCAGGUUCGGUGGUGGACUCCACGCCCUGUCCUCGGAUCUCUCGUCAUUCGGUGCCUCAAUGGCUGGUGUGGACGCGGUCGGGCUGACGCGUCCUGAUGAGUCGGAGAGGCGGUCGUCCACACCUGGUAAUGCCAGUUCACAAGAGUGGCCCAAGUCGUCGUCGGGAGAGGACGCCCACGCAGCCGAUGUGCCAAAGCAGGAGAGGAGACAUUCUGAACCGAUGUCGCGUACAUUACCAGUACCUCUUCCGCAGACCAGCGAGGUGCCAGCCCCGUCGCAAUCAUUAUCCCAGAGUGUCGGCUAUCUUUGCAACCGGUGGCAUAUAAACGAUUCGUUUUCUGCUCCUGCUACUGUCGAGCGGCCCAGGGAUGGUCCUCCCAGACUCGAGACCUUCACUGGAGUAACGAACUCAACAGCAAACAGUCCUCCCGCACAGGCUCUUCCACCUCCUUCAAGCUCAAAUUCUCAAUUCCGCAUCUCGCUUUCCCUCGAGGGCAAGGCUGAGAUCGUUUCAUCUUUGCAAUCUCCCCCGAGGCCAGUGCAGUCUUCACUACCGCUCGAUACAACUUUACCUCCUGUCAGGGGUCCUAGGAGUUUUCAACGGAGUAGAAGUUCCCUUCCUGGAAUCACUCUGCCACCAAUUUCGUCUCUUACUGCAAACCUGCCGCCUCAAUUAACAAGAGGCCGGUCGCGGGAUGUCUCAGCCUGGGAAUCCUGCUGCGAUGCCGACACCCGUGACGAGCUCACCAAACUUGCCGAGAACGAAUCUUCCGGCUCAGCAAUCGCAGCCAUUUCUCUCCUUCGUUCCAGCAGUCAGACCAGUCUGACCAACAUGGUUCAUGGUCACUCAACAACUAGCCACCAUAGCAACGUGCUACGGCCCAACAGUAGCAAGCGAAAUGCCGCACCAACCAGCCGACGAGAUGCAACGAACAAGAAGCCUAGGCUGGGCCGGUCCACCAGCAGUGUGGCGCGCUUGCAGACUCUUCCGCCCUCUGCAGCUUUCGACAAACCCGAAAAGGUGGUUGUAGAGUUCGAGCCCGAGAAAAAGAGAGGCAGUCUUUCUGUAAUCAUCUCGCCGUCUGGUGGUGACUCGGAUAAGGAGAACUGGAGCCCGGAUGAGGACGGAAACCCGAUGACCCGACGCCGGCCGUUGCCGAGCAUAGCUGCGGCCGCCGUCCAGGCAGCAGCAGCUAGGGCCAGCACGAACCUGCGCCGUGGUGGGGUUCGCGGUGUUCUCGGGGAGUCCUCCGGGAUUGGCAACGUAACCAAGCGCAUGCUUCUGGGUGGUCGAUCAAACACGGCGCCUGUUCCACGACUGAGGGGCGGCAAGGGUGUCGAGAACUCGUUAUCCAUCUUCGAGGAUGGCGAGAACGUGUACGACGAAAACGAAGGGAACGCAGCGAAGAAACCCAAGAGGAGCGAUGAAGAGGUCGAGCGCUUCAUGCGGGGUGAGGUCAGCCCAAGUAAGAAGGGCGAUGUGGAUUGUGUCGCGGGGUUGUUGGCACUGAGCCAGGGAAAUUGGCGAUGA